GCGGGACUCCCCCCUCCUCCCUCCCCAGUUCGCGUUUGCGCAUGGCUCCGCUGCAAAGCAUUUUGCGAUCCAAAAGCUGACAUCAACCAGCAAGCAAAGCGUCGUGCGCGGCUUUUCCCCUCGUUGGUUGGGCGGCCCGUUGUCACAUUCACGCACCGAGCGUCGGAGUUGUUGGUUGCCUUCAGUGCCGGAGUGGCCGGAGUAGUUGGAAGGAAAUUGGCUCUCGCUCACGGCCUACGGAACUCGGGCGAUCUAUUUCGCCCCCUUUUUCCCCAAAGGAGAAAGAGUAAAGAGCGUCUGCAUCACGCAGAAAGUGGGGAGUCUCACAAAAUAAUAAAGUGUCACGUGUCUGUGUGUGUGUUAGUGUGAAGAGUAGAUCAUUUGUUUGAAAGUACGCUCGCGGAUCAUCGCGAUCACUCGCCGUGGAUUAGUGUUUGAAGAAAGACGGGCCGCGGAGUAGUAGCGCGCUGAUCUUUGGGGCAUUGGUAAUUUCGCUUUCGCCCGUUGUUUCUGUGGCGGAGUGUGUGUGUGUGUGUGUGUGUUUGCUUUGGUUUAAACGACAAACGUCGCCAAAAAUUGUGCUCCAAAUCCAAAAUCGCUUUAAUCAAGCACUUGAUCCCAUUUCGGUUGAUGUUACAAGCGGAUGAGAAAGUUGGGCAAAAAACGCGUGACAGCACCGUGUGUGUGUGCUUGUGUGUGCAAGUGUAGUGAGGCUUACAAACGACGGUUUUGCAUGAUUGCGAAGUUUUAGUACGUGCCCAUCGUCGUCCUCACAUUCGCCGUGGUUCCGCGCCGCCGUGUGCAUGUCGCGGCACGAAGAUGAAGAGUGGCUUGUGAACCAAAACUGAACUGCAGCGAUGCAAUAACCGUGCUAUUACCACAACCCUUGUGCAGUGUGCGUGUGUGUGUGAGUAGUGCUUAAAGUGAUAGAGACGGGGAGGACGGACCAAAAAGAGAGAGAGAAAGAGGCGCAAACUGUGUCGAUGCCGGCCGCCGCGGCAAUGGUUUCGAUGCCGAGCGAACCGCCGUCGUACUACGCCGACGGGCCGAAAAAGAGCUCCGGCAAGUUUCUGACCCACUUCGCCCGCCGGCUCCGCAUCGGCAAGGGCUCGUCCAAGGCGAAGGGCGCGUCGGCAAGCGCCGCCCCGAACGAACUGCUCGAGCUGGACUCGGAGGAGGACCGCCAGUGCGGCGCCGGCGGAGAGUCGGAAGAGAUUGUGAUACUGCGCCAUCCGGCCGCUGCCGGCACGCCGGACGAGCUGCUGACGGGCAGCUCGGGUGCCGAAUCGGCCACGAUGGUGCUGUUGGUGCCGGGGACGGUCGCACCACCGCCGCCACCGUUCAAGCGGGGCAACUCGUUCCGCCAGAGCCUGAGCUAUCUGCUCAAGCGCACCCGGCCGAAGCUGACCGAGCGGUCCUGCACCAGCGACAGUGACGUGGUGCACGAGCUGGACGAAGACGCGGCCCGGGCAGGGGGCGGUGGGGCCCGCGGCAAGCGCCCCGUGCUGGAUGCGUUCCUGCCCGAGCAGGUGCCGGCCAAGCGGCACAGCACCGGCGACAUCUUCAACGAGGAUCUGGACGCGACCGAGCGGGCCCAGGGCCUGGGAGUGCCCGGUGCCGGGCGGCAUCGGCGCGUGCACUCCGACUCGACCGGCUGCGGGCCGAUGGCGGGCAAGCCGCCGAGCUCCUCCCGACCCGGACAACCCAAAUCCGCCAACAGUGUGGGAUUAGGAACGCGACCCCUGCCACUGUCCAGCACGAUAGAACCGCUCAGCAGUGUGGAAACCCCCGGUGGGCAGCCGGAGGGAGCGGCCCACCUAAAUGUACUCUCACGCAGCCCUAGUCAUUCGACGACGAAGAGCGAUCCCAAAUCGCUCAAAUCGCUGUCACCGUCGGCCCGGUCGUCCACCGUACGCAGCUCUAGUCCACAUCCGCUGAAAUCGUUCAGCAGCACGCGGGACGCGGGCGUCGACAAGCCGGACAAGCCGGAGAAGCACCACAAGAAGAAGGAGGGCGGCCUGUCCUGGGAGCAGAAAAAGUUUGCCCAACACUUUGCGCAAGUGCCGGACGAUGAGGUGGUGCUGGAUUAUUUUUCCUGCGCCCUCGUUGGCGACAUCCUGCUGCAGGGCUACCUGUACAUCACGCAGAACUAUUUCGCCUUCUACUCGAACGUGUUUGGCUACGUGACGAAGCUCCUGAUACCGACCGUCUCCGUGCUGGACAUAUCGCGCGAAAAGACGGCCUACAUGUUCCCGAACGCGGUCGGCGUGAAGACGCGCGACGAUCGGCACGUGUUCGGCAGCUUCCUGAGCCGCGAAGCCGCCUACUAUCUGAUGUGCAGCGUGUGGGAGCGGGCGACCACGCCGCACAGCGACUCGCUCGGCAGCAUUCAGCACACCCGGCUCGCCCCGCUGCUGCACGCCGAAGGCUCGGAAGGCUCGCUGGACGAGGACAGCAGCUGCUACGACGGCAAUGAGAGCUCGUUCCACGGGAAGGACGAUCUGCCCGACCUGCUCGAUUCGGGCGACUCGCACGAGAAGCAGCUGAAUGCGACCGAGGGCGGCGGCACGAAUCAAUCGUCCGAUGAUUCCACCGUGCUGCUGAAGCAGAAGAAACUUAAAAAGGAACUGCUGCUCAAAUCGCCCGCCAUCGUGAAAAGCCCGGCCAUUCUCAAGGUGGCGGUUGCGGCCGGCGCCCUCGAGGGGCUGAAGGCAGGCGACAAGGCGCUGCCGUUGCUGCUUGCUGGCGACGGGACGAUGGGCAGUUCGAUCGGUGCCGGCGGUGUCGGCGGUGUCGGUGGUGCAGGUCGUGGUGUUUACGGUGACGGCGCCGGCCGCAGCAGACUGUCCCUGCUGAAGCAGAAGCUCCGGCACAUCCUUCCCUCCGAUUUUGGUAUUAUACACAUAGGUUUAAUAUUAGCUGUCCUGCUGGCACUGUUCUCCUGCUUCCUGGCCUACAAGAUCUACGCGCUGCAGGCCCGUCUCGCCGCACCGCCCAUCCGAUUGGGCGACGAUACAGACUUCUAUCUCGAUGUGCUCCGGUGGCAGAAGCGGCUGCACAGCAAAAGCAAAGAGGAGGCUCAGAUCGUGCUGAGCUCGAACCUGGAGCAGAUCAUCAAGGUGCGCAAGAGCCUGGAGACGCUGUCGCUGCUGAUCCAGGACUCGGGCACCGAUGGGAGUGGUAGCGGUGGGCGCGAGGACACGCCCGGUGCAGCGCUGCUGAGCGCGAUGAUUGCGGGCGAAUCGGGGCGCGUGGUGCUCGAUCGGGACGGUGGCAGCUUAAAUCAACAGUACUUCCACGAGGACGCCACAUAGCGUGCGUGAGAUGGGUUUGUCCGGGAUGGCGGGAUUGCUGACACAGCUUACGCAUAGGAAAAAGGGCCCAACCCCUUACCCGGGCUAGGACUAGGUAGGAAGGGAUCGAUGAAGGAAGACAGAGAAAGAGAGAAAGAGAGAGAGAGAGAGAAAAAACAGACAAAACUACAUUACGAGGAAAGUGAAAGGGAGAGAGAUAGAGGAGUUACGUUGCCGGCAACGAGUACCGCGAACAGUUGCAAAGUGUAUUUGCGGGACGUUACUGGAGCGGAAAUGCGCCACCGUGUUUGUGGAGGGGAGGCGCAUGUGUGAUUUUGUACCUUUAGCAGAGAGAACGCGCACGGUGUGUUUUCGGUUGUUGAUCUUUAAUUUAUUAUUAAAAGCUUUUGUGCGUCGUUUAGUUUGAUAACUAACUUUAAAUGGAAGUACAGGGGGGAGGGAUACGCACUCGCAGGAAGAAAGAUAAGAUGGUGUGACCGUGUCGACACUAAGAAGAGAUGCAUUUAAGCCUGCAGCCGCGCUGUUGGUGUUGGUGCGGGCAUAUGACGACGGCGCACGGCGAUGUAAACGACAGCUUGAGUGAUGAGUGAUUUAGGAAUUUUGUUUUUUUUUAAUUGAAAACCUUAGAAAAGGAACAGCCAACGUGUAUUGUGAGGUAUAUCUGUGUGUGUGAGAGAGAGAGAGGAUUGGUUACAAGCUUUGCAGUAAGUACAGGUAGUGUACAGUGAGCAGUAGUAGCUCUUUUUUUUACGCGAUACAUGCGGGAGUUGCGGGACAACAGUCGAAACACAGCGAUGACAGUAAUGGCCAAAACUCAACCGACACACCACCACUACUACUACUACUACUACACCAAUAACCAACCCAUUUCUUCCUUCAUUCAUCCACACCGGGUUCCAGCCGAAAGUAGUAUUUGCGUGCUCGCAAGAGGCCCUAGUAGUAGUAGUGACCCAGAGUUUAGUCUACCGACCAGAAGAGAACAGGAUAGAAUGAUAUGAAACCAAUAGGAAGCCGAUAGGAAACCGAUCCCGAAGCCGCUAUGCUCGGGUUCAGUUCGAUUUUUUUUUUCUUAUUUGCUUUUGCUACUCACAGUUGAAAUGAAGAAAAGAGAGAUGAAACACUCCCGCCGCCUAAUGAACUACCAGUGGAACCAGUUUUUUGGGACCGUUUUGAGGGUUGUUGUUUUUUUUUUCUCAUUUAUCAUGCGCUCCCACCCAAUGCAGCGUGGUUUCGCUCGGGGUUUUUUUUUGUUGUUUUUUGGAACUAUUUAUAUCUCGAUAGCAAUUUGCGCUGACAAACAAUACAACACAACACAACAAACAAUGCGUCGAUUAGAUUUGAUACACGAUAGACAAAAGCCCCUCCUCCCCAGCAGAUGUAAGUGUAGUGAAAGUAGCAGAGACACGGUUUAAAAACGGGUGAUGAGAGAAGGAAACCGUUUUGCUCAAAGCGUACAGAGGAUGGAGACCCAGCCGCACAGUAGUGGAGUGCAGUUUGUUAGUGAUGGUUUUAUAGGCAAAUUAUGCCCCCCCCCCACCCCUCCUCCCUUCCCUUCACUAUUAAGUUAGUAAGCAGUAGGUGCCGUUUCGUUUCGAAUACAGCAGAGGAGCACAGAUCGUCGACCAUCAAUUGGUGCCAUAGAGCUUAACCGGGUUUCGGUUGUUCAAAUUGAUGAACGCGAGAAGGAAACGUUAGGCGAAGCGAAUGUACGACAAAGCAAGGCAGUGUUGGGUAACGCCGUGGAGGAUUUUUAAUUACUAGCACACGCGCACACACACACACACGCGCACACACACACACACGCGCAAGCACACAAUUUCCACCGUGUGUCCUAUUUGUGCAACACUCUCUAACUCAUUCUUUGGGCCGUCCCAAUCGUGGUGUGUGAUUUUACAUCUGCAGUGUGAGUGUAGCUACGUGUUGGCAAUCGAAUUGCACCGCCAAAGGUGGCGUUGGCCUUUACCAAAAACCCUCUUUCGCUGCCGAACAGUAGAAGCCGAGCUUCAUAUCAAUUAUCACACGAGCGGGCCCAAGAAGAGGCUGAAGGAAUGUUAGCGCGACGAUCCUCCCUCUCCACUUUGCGCCACCACGCCAUACCGUACCGGGCAUGUAAAUGGGCGCACAAUAGCAUAUAUCUCUUUGGCGGUUGGCGGUUUGGCGCGGGGAUGCAACUGGAGAGAAGAUCGCGAUCGUCGCGUUCGUUCGUUCGAGUGAUGAAGGCCAAUGCAAUGGAAUGAGAGAGAAACGAGAGCAGGGACAGAAGAGCAAGCGGAAACUUAAUGCGUUGUUGAGAGGGCAAAGAAGGAUGAUCAAUUAGGAAGCCCGAAGAGCGAAAAAAGGUUUUGGAAAAGGAUGAGGAACCGUACUAGAAGCAAAUUGUCUGUGAUAUGUAUGCAAAAAUACAUGAAGGAAAAAGGGGGAAAAUGGGAUCGCGACGAUCAGGCGAAGAUUGCGCCCCUGCCGGAUGAUACCAACACCGGGUGAUAAUGCGAGAGAAGAAGAAGAAAAAGAAAAAAAAGACGAAUGCAGGGCUAGAAAAGAACCAAUAAGCAAUGUACUGAAGCAGAAGAGAGAGUAAGAAAAGGGUGCACGUAAAUCACAGAAGAAAAAACAAACGAUCGCUAGAAGAAGGUGGCAAGAUCCUGAAGACGAUUCCCCGUCUGUUGGGUUACACCUUUGCUGUGCACUUUGUAGAGUAGCUGCAACGUUUCCUUAUUUGCAUAAUAUUUCCUUCCCUCCCCUUCCGCCCCAAUGCUUAAUUCUUUGUUGGUGAAGUUUUCGUUGGUCGGUUUCGGUUGGUGGAAGAUAUAUCGUGAUGGUGAAGAAUAGGGGAGUUCACCGUAGAAGGAUGAUCCUUCGGUAUGACUUAUUUCGUUUAUUUCGUAUUUUUGUUAUGGGUACGUUACGAUGGUAGGAUUUAAAGACAUACGAAAAAGCUAAUAAACCCGUAUCUUGAACUAUGAACAAAAA